AUGGAUUGGAAGGAGCUUGCUACUUUCUGGAAUGAGGGCUACGUUGUAGGGAGGUCAAAGCUUCUGGUUGAUAUAUUUGAUGAAGCGUUGCAUGAAGUGAGAGGUCUCGCGUUUGCUCCUAUUUUUGGCGAUGUGUUUGAUGAAAGUGGAGCUGGAGAUCCGAAGCGACUACAAACUCCUAUAGGAACGCUAGGUUCUGCAAUGAAAAAGGUUCACGGGGCAGUUAAGGCUAUUGUAACGGAUACUGAGGAUCAGUGGGAAAUGAAAGAAGCUUCUUGGACUGCUUUGAAGUCGCUACCUGGUGGAGAUAGGCAGGGGCCUCACAAGGACUUCCCUGCCUUUGAAACGACAAAAGCUUUAUUGACGAAAAGGCGUAUCGAAGCUUCAGUUAUUGUGGCCCUUAUGCCUCGAACCCGAUUUAUUGUUUUCCCCAGACGUUUUGGAAGCGUCGUUGACAGGGAUGAUGCUAAGGAAUUAAUACUGGACAAAGGGGAUAUAUUAAUUUUUCGUGGAGACCUCGUCCAUGCUGGUGCGGCGUUUGAUGAAGAAAACGUCAGACUUCAUUGCUACGUACUAGUUAAAGGAAUCCAUCAAGUGGAAAACACAACGGAAGCUGCUGCCUUUGCCACAUACAUGUGUGAAAACUGUCUUCUCGUGGUGGAAUCAAGACGAGCUCUAUCAAAUCAUCUCCGGUCGUGCAGAAGCAGAUCUGAGGAAGCUGAAAAUGAAGAAAGAGAUGAGAGAGUUCACUGCGAAUGUCACGGCAAGUUCUUCAACAGCAUGAACUCGUACUAUCAGCAUAUGCGGCGGGAACGGCUGAAAAGGCUGAGGGAGGCAGAACAGGAGGUAAAAAUGGCCGAAGAAUCGGGGACAGGACUAAGGGCCGAAAGCAGCGCUUCCAUUGACGAACAAGAAGCGGAGAGCAGCAGUGAAGGAGCGGGGAGCAGCGACGAAGGUGAGGAGCGAGAGGACGAAAGCAGCGCAUAUGAAGGAAGUAGUAGCGACUAA